AUGCGUCCUUUCAUCGUACAUUUGGAAGAAGAACCUAUGCCUGGGCCAUCAACGAAAUGUGACACAGUGACAGAAUCAUCUGUUUCUCAGCCAUGUGUUAAUACUUCUUUCGGUGUGGAAUCCGUUGCUGUUAGUCAUCCAGACGAUCUUUCACUUGAUGAUCGAAUCUGUAUACCUAGCCAAGCAAAUCGACGUAAUGUUAUUGGGAUAAUCAGCAUAAACGUCAGAGCAUGUAUUAUCUUAUUCACUUUGGGUAUAAUAUUUCUAAUUUUCCUUAUUAAAACACAGCACUCACUAUCGUCGAUUACAACUACAGUAUCUGUGGAUGUCAUACUUGGUACCGCAGCACCACCAUCACAUGAAAUAAGAACGAACGUGCAAGUAAACUCUACCGUUGAUACUCCGUGUAUUACCCAGAAUGUUCACUACCGUGCGGCAGGAAAACCGUUUGAAAAUUACAACUUGUAUGCGAUCGAUGCAUCUUUGUUGAUUCCAAAUACGUCCAUCUCGUUUGAUCUCAUAGUCUUUGGACCGGACUUGGGUUGUACGUGGUCAUUGGAUGUGUUUCCCUUGGAUGGUCGAGCUAUUCCAUGGAUUGGACGGCCCACUGGUAUUACUGUCUUCGGAUUAUACGAUCAAGCUCAAGGUUCGACCGUCCAUUGGCCAAAGGUAAACACUGUGGAGCAAUGGGGCAGUGGAACAGGAAAAUUUGUUGUCGGCAUCACCGGCUCCUGGCUUGGCUCGACAGAUAUGGACUGUAGGGCGUUUCAAGCUCGUUUUGGUGAUAUAUUUCAAUUUUGGCUCUGUCCGACACGUGUUAUUGUCGUCAGUGGGAGUGGCGACGUGUGA